AUGAGGGGAACUCUUACUAACCUGUUUAGAAGAACAACAAUUCAGAGUGUCGAUGAUGUUAGCGUAAAUUCAAACAGAGUAUCAGAGACUCAUGAUAGUGGUGAUUAUACAUCGAAGAAAGAGGACCAUACAACGGUCAUCGAGGUGGGUACUCCAGAAGAGAAAAAAAAUCCCUUGGGUUAUUCUGUGGGGCCACUAUCAGUCAUUGUAUUGAUCAUUCAAGGUGUUGUUGGUACGGGUAUUUUUACAGGACCAGGAACAAUUGUAAAGUCAAUGGGUUCUAUUGGGUCAACAUAUGUCCUAUGGUUAAGUUGUUUCUUUCUUCCUAUGUUCAGCGUAUUCCUCUAUGUCGAAUUUGCUGGAUAUUAUCCUAAAAGAAAUGGUGGCGAUGUGGCAUAUCUUGAACAAGCCUACACCAAACCUAAGUUUUUGUUUCCGACCAUUUAUGCAGCUGUUUCUGUCGUUUUGUCUUUCACUACCUCUUCAGCUCUAGCAGUUGGACAAUACCUUCUCAGUGCAAGCGGAGCUGAAGUCACUACAUGGCACUAUAGAGGCAUUGCAAUUGCUGCUUUGACUCUCUCUUGUGUCCACAUCGGCUUAAGUACAAAAUGGUCACUCAGACUUCAAAACCUUUUAGGUUUUGUUAAAGUAGUUUUUAUGGUCUUUAUUGUGAUUCUUGGGUUUGUCGUUUUGGGUGGUGGAACUAAAGUCAAAGACCCACAUGCCAGUUUCACGAAUAUGUGGGAGGGUACUACAACACAAGGUAACAAUAUUGCCAAUUCCAUCAUUAAUGUGGCCUUUUCGUAUGGUGGAUAUAGUUAUGCCUUUGGAGUUGUUGCAGAAUACUCGAGUUCUAAAAAGGGGCAAACAGAAAGUGAAAGAGAAAAAAGUAUGAUCAGAACUUUCUCCUUUUAUGUUCCUGUAUCCAUGAUUGUUAUUUUAAUAUUAUACAUCCUCAUGAUAACAGCUUAUUAUGCAGGUGGAACUCCUGAUGAAAUUAAACACUCUGGUAAUGGGGUAGCAACUAUUCUUUUUCAAAAUGCUUUUCAAAAUAAAUAUGCUACCAAGUUUCUUAACGUUAUGGUUGCCUUGUCAGCUUAUGGCCAUUUGGUUACAGCAGUUCUUUCCCAUUCAAGGGGCCUUAGAGAAUGUGGGAGACAAGGUGUUCUCCCGUUCCCUAAAUUUUGGACUUCCACAAAACCUUUUGGAACUCCACUUGGCCCAAUAUUGGUGACAUGGAUUGUCAAUUUUAUUAUGAUAGUUGCACCACCAGCUGGUUCAGCAUUUAAUUUCAUUGUUGAUAUGGGUUCAUAUUCGGGAUAUAUUUUUACUUUGGCUCUUAUUUGUGGUUUACUAAAGGUUCGAAGAGAUCGUAAGCUUAGAAAUCUUGGGACCAAAGGCCAAUAUUUGCCGCUUCCUUGUAUUAUAAUUUUGCUACUGUUUGAGCUUAUGGUUAUUAUUCUAGCUUUUGUUCCACCAAAACAUGGGCUUAUUGGCUCCGAUGUGACAUUUUUCUAUGCCACAUAUCCUAUAGUAACGAUUGGCUUGUUAAUGCUUUGUAUUGCAUAUUACUUUGUUUGGAGAUAUACCUUACCAAAGCUUGGAGGCUACGUUCACCGUGAAGUUGAAUACAUUUUGCAGAACGGUGAGAUUGGAAAUACUAUAGUUAAAGUCAAGCUUGAAGAAGUUGAACAGUGGGACAAUGAGCAUGGAACAGACGAAUAUGGAGUUGCAAAAACUGUUGUCUUGAAAUAUGAAGACGUUGAAUCACAGAAGACUUAA